GCGCUCUUCUCUCUCAGCGUAAAACUGUUUAGUUUUUGACCCAGCUGCCAACAUGGCGGUUCAUGACUUCAUGAAACUUCACAUUACUUCAGAGAAAUUUAUUGUGGAACCAGUGUCUAACUCAGCAGGACAGGAAGAUGUUCUUGUUAUUGAUCGACUCACACAGGAAAUUUCCCUCCAAAGUGGUGAAAGUGGGAUCCCUGCAUCUGCCAUCACAAAGACCAUAUAUGGAAUUGUGGGAAUCAUCAGACUGGUCGCAGGGCCUUACCUCAUGGUGAUCACCAAGAGGGAAAAAGUUGGGUCAAUCCUUGGGUCUGACAUAUGGAAGGUGACGGGAACAGAGGUUCUCAGCUACAAGAGAUCCUUCACUCACCUGACAGAGAAACAGGUGUCGAUCAACAAAACCUACUUGGCUCUUGUGGAUAUGAUGUUGAACACAGAGAAUUUCUACUUCUCUCCUACCUACGACCUGACUCACUCAAUACAGCGGCUCUACAACACCAGCCCAGACUUUCAGUCUCUUGGUUUACUUGAAAGGGCGGACCAGAGGUUUAUAUGGAACAGCCAUGUCCUGAGAGAGCUGUCCCAACAACCAGACCUGGCCAAGUUCUGUAUGCCUGUUAUGCUGGGAUUCAUCAGCAUCAGCUCACCGAAGGUCAACACCCAUAGUGUGGACUACAUUCUGGUGUCCCGGCGCUGUAUCUUCCGCGCUGGCACACGCUUCAAUGUGAGGGGCGUCGACCUACAGGGCCAGGUCGCCAACUUUGUGGAAACGGAGCAGAUUCUCAAAUGUAAUGAGAACGUCUGCUCUUUCGUACAGACUCGUGGAUCCAUUCCUCUGUUCUGGUCUCAGAAAGCCAAUUUGAAACGACUUCCUCGUCCUGUCCUGAUGGAUGUGGAUCAUAUAUCUGCAUUCCAAAAACAUUUUGAUCACCAAGUCUACAUCUAUGGCAAUCAAGUUAUAGUGAAUUUGGUGAACCAGCAUGGGUCUGAGCAAGUGUUGGAGAAGAGACUGGCCCAGGUUGUGACGAACGCUCAGAACAAGAACGUCAGAUAUGAGCCUUUUGACUUUCACAAAGAAUGCAAGCACAUGAGGUGGGACCGACUGAGUAUACUUUUGGGCAGACUGGAUCCAGAUCGGAAGCAAUUUGGAUAUUUCCAGCAGCAGUCAGGGGGCCAGGUGCUACAAACACAGAGUGGAGUGUUCAGGACCAACUGUAUGGACUGCCUGGACCGCACGAAUGUGGUGCAGAGUCUCAUAGCUACAGAAGUCCUGCAGGAUCAGUUUGAAAGGCUGGGAGUUCUUGAUGCAGGUCAGAAAGUUUCUGAACAGAAAGAGUUUGAUACUGUAUUCAAGAAUGUGUGGGCUGACAACGCUGAUACGAUAUCCAAAGAGUAUGCUGGUACAGGCGCUCUCAAGACUGACUUUACAAGAACCGGAAAGCGUACCACAUAUGGUGCUCUUCAAGACGGUUACAACUCUGCCGUCAGGUAUAUCAAGAACAACUUUCAGGACGGCAGUAGACAGGAUGCCAUGGACCUGUUUUUGGGCAAUUACUCGGUGGACGAAGGUGAAGGUCUGACCGUCAAGUCCCCAUUAGACUCUGACAGAGACUGGAAAUACUAUGCAGUGCCCAUAAUCUUCAUCGUGGCAUUCUCCAUGUUUGUGGUCAGCGUGCUUUUACCUGAUGAGCAUCUGAGCGAGCAGAUGAUGUACGUGCUGUUCUGGGGUACAGCCUCAGUCAUGUCGCUGGCCACCAUGUUUAUGUUUGGUGUGGUCUUUGUGGAGCAGCCCAGACUUGUCCACAACAAACUCAAGUCGGAAUAGCUAUAUGGUACCACCGCUUUCAUAGUCUGACUAAUAAAGGCAGUCAGCUUUACUCAUUGCACGUUUUUUACAGACACUAAACCACUACACCUGGUACAAAUUUGUACAACUACACAUGAUGCAAAUCUGUACAAUUACGUUAGCAGAUUUGCAUAACAAGAUGUGCAAAUUUGUACGAUUGCACAUGCAAAUUUGUACUACAACACAUGAUGUGCAAAUUUGUAUGAUUGCACAUGCAAAUUUGUACUACAACACAUGAUGUGCAAAUUUGUAUGAUUGCACAUGCAAAUUUGUACUACAACACAUGAUGUGCAAAUUUGUACACAUACAUAAAAUAAUAAUGUUUCCACUGAAUCAGGAAGAAUAGAAAAAUCUCACAGAUGAGCUAGUGCUGUGUUACAUAGCAUUUAAAAGUGACUGAACGUAUACCAACAUGGUCUUAUUCCAAGGAACUGUGUAUUAUGAUAGGAAACUCGCACAGCUGGGCUAGAACCACAGUAGAUUGUGAUUAAUCGCUACCUUAGAAUUACAAAGUUCUAUCUUCUCAGUACCUAGUUUGUGAAAUAUGACAUAAACAUUUUUGAGUUUCACAAAAUGUCAAGCUUUUUUAAAUACAAUUCUUUGAAUGUCUUGAUAACGACUCCAAAUGAUCUUAUGAGUUUGGCACAGCAGAUGGAACAUUUGGUUUCUAACCUCGUGGUCUUAAUAAAUCAAAAUGGUAAAAAAUGUCAAAUACAACUUUGUAAUUCUGAGGUAGCAUAAUAUUGAAUGAACGUGUACCAACAUUUUUUUCAAACUUUUGGAGCUGUGUAAUUUGGUUUGUGCUCCACAUGCUUGAUAUGUGCACUGAAGUUUGUACUUUCAUAUUCUUACUUGAGUUGGUAGAAGAAUACAUUUAUGCUUGUCAUAUGUUUACUUGACUGUGCAAGUCAAAAUGUUCACUACCUCUCUUGAUUUCUUACUAGAACGUACAAUUUUAGAGGAAUGCCAUUACGAAAUUAUAGGAUGGAUGAGGAGUGACCUCACUGCAUAUUUCAAGCACUUCAGCUAUCAUUUUGAUACUUCUUGUGUGCUACUUUUUUAUUCAAGUCAACUUUCAACUUUUUUCUGUACCUAAACAGACAGCUCGGGACAUUUGUCUCUUGGAUGUAUUCUUUUUGCUUUCAUUACUCGAGUGAGCAUCAUUGAUUCCAUGGCAAAGAAACAACUUUAGGAACAGAAAAAAUGAAUACUGAAAAAUGACAAUCUGGCAACACUUGUGUGUUUAUUCUAUAUUCUUGAAGAUGAUUGAAAAUCUCUUAAUAUAUUUUAGUUGCUCUCUUAUUUGAUUUUACUCAAAUCAGCCGAAUCUUUUUGACUUGAUUUAGUGCAUAAAAAGCAAAGUGCAAAUUCAUUAUUUUUAUGUUAAGGUCAUUCACAAAAUAUAAAAGUAAUUUUAACAUUCUAUUGUCGCAAGUUUUUCAGACUUCUCCAGGACUUGGUCAAUGUAGAUCUACACUUGUAAUAUCCAUGCAUUCCAUUGUUCAUCAGUCUAGUCUUGUGUUGUGAUUCAACUCAUUUCCAAGCAGUUUCUGUUCUGGGCUGUAUAUAAAAUUCUUUUGGGAAAGAACAUAGCCUACUGCUUGAUUUCUGUUGACAGUUUCUUGCCAAAGUUAAAGUUUCGUCAUAUACAGCUGCAUAUGUUGAUGGAUCUGAUUCUCAGGCUUUGUGGCAGAACAGGUUUUAUCGAAAAAAGCGGAAAGUUUAGACUGAAAAGCUGAUUGUUCACGUCUGCAUCAGGAGAAUGUUGAGGAAGAUGCUGAAACAGCAUGAAAUAGUUGGUUACAGGAUGCUUGGAGACCAAAUGUUAUGAAGCAGUACAGAUCAAAGAUUCUGCUAGUGAUCUAAGAUGAAAAAAGUAGAUGUCUAAUUAUUGGAGACAACCCGUUUUGUCAAAAAGUCCUUCAACUAUGUAUCAAGCCUCUGUCAGAAGUUUUCAUUCUGGGGGUUUCUAAGUACCGGAGUGAGAUUUUUGCUCCUUGUCUUGUUGUGUUUUAAAAUGUGUAAUUUGAAAAUAUUUGGAGGUAAAUGUGUGAAUGAUUUUACUGUAUUUAUAUCAGGUUAGUAUAGGUCUUUUUUUCCCCCCUCAACAUCAGAUUCCCAAGCGAAGUGUGGUGGCACACAGAAUGAAACUUAGGUACAGUAGUGGCUUAUUGAUUAUUGGAGUUCUUCACCGUCCCCCCCCCCCCCCCUUUUUUUUUUCCCCAUUCCUCCCUGCCCCAGCCAUGUAGAAAUUGACGAUAUUCAAAGUUUAUUAGACACCAGUUAUCCUGGUCCUGGUUAAUAGUUAAGCUCUCCACUGUUACGCACAGGAGACGUGUAUUUGAUUCCUGAGUGAAAGAGUUUUUUUUUUUUUUCUCAAUUGUCUUUGGCUUUCUGCUGGGGUGCUUUAUCCAGGGAUGCCAAAUCUCCGGGGGGGGGGGGGGGGGGGGGUUUCGGUUUUUUUCACCCGUUUGAAAUUUUCCUGUCUGCACUGACAUAAGGUUCUUCUCAAGACAGAAAUAAUGUUAUUGAAGUGAUGCAACAUAGGCCCCAUGCACUUGCUUAGGAAAGGGGAGAGGUAAGAGAGAUGUUUUUGUUUUCUCAUUUUAAAACUUCACAAAGUUUGUUUUAGUUUUAGGUGAGAUGUGAUUCUCCGCUUAUUUUCAGGGUUUUUAAAAAAAAAAUCAUUUGGCAUCCUUGUUUAUCACUCUCGGUCCCAGUUUGGCUCCAGCUGGCAAAGUCAAAGCUGACUUGAAGUAGCUCACCUCCUACACGAUCUGAUUUUUUUUUAUGGGAGGUGUGUGUGAAACAUGUACAACUGGUCAAUCAUAAAAGGGAGGUGAUGUGGUGGGAACACAUAUAUGUGUAUAAGACUCAGAGACUGUGGUUCUCUUUGUGUAGAGCUGUAGAGGUUUCUGCUUGAUUUGGGGUGGGUUUUUUUUUGUUUUUUUAAGAAUGGACCUUGAUUAUUAUUUGUUGUCCUUACUUUUGCAUGUUAUUUCACAGAUUUUGUUCCUUGUCACUGCCUGUGUUUCCUGUAUCACCUUAAAGUAAAGGAGUAAUUACUUUAUCUUAUUUUGUCCAAACAUUUGAUUAUUUUAAGCUUGUUACAUUUGUCUAUACCUGGUUUGUUUGUUUGUUGUUACCACUCCCUUCCUCCCUUCUCACCUGCCUCUUUACAACCUUUCCCUCCCAUUUCAUUUUUAAAAAUUCUAGUAAUAUUAUUAGUGUUAAAUUUUCUCUCUCAGAACUUCCUCUGUACCCCCAGAUUUUCACCCUCAAUUUUUUAAUGUGUUUGUUCCCUUCUCCAUUUCCUCCCCAUCAUUCGAAUAAAGAAAUCCAUCACCCUGUUAACAUUCUUCACAUUGAUCAGAACACAAUCCAUGAGACUCUUGGUUUCACAAUCUUUUCAGGUGCUCAGCAUUCAGUAUAGUACCUUUGUGGAGGGAUUAUUUUUUUUAAUGGAGUGUCUCCAUCUGUCUGUUGAGAUGUGGUAUCCUUCUCAGUCUGAAUUGUCCUUUUGUCUAAAUUAUGUCAGUGGAAGCGCUUAACAUUUAUCAUUAAAAAAUUUUAAUAGAAUUUACUUUCUGCAAAAAUGCCAACUACCAAAUUAAUUACAGUGGAGUCUGCUUAAACCGAAAUCUACAGUGGCGUAGGAUUUUCUUCGGUUUUGCCAUGUUUUCGGUUUAGAGAGAUUGCUGAAAUAGCAACGAAAAAACAAAUCAAGGUUUCUAUGUCUUUUGAUUUACCGCUAUUUUCAGAUUAAUUGUGUUCGGUUUAAGUUUAAUCAGACUCCACUCUAUAUUUUGACGGAUUCAUGGGUGGAGGGGUGUCAGAUAGAGUGGUAAAUGUUUACAUUCUUUUUCUCGGGUCAAGGGGGGUGAUUGGGGGUAAGGAUCUGUUUGGCUUCAUCACUCAUGAAGUAAGAUAAAGUAUAGCCCCCUACCCCACGUUUGGAACUGCUUGGCAUAGAGCACAACAUCUGGGGUCACAAUUUGGUUGUUGUAAAUUUUUUUUUGACAGGAUCAGGAAACUAUGGGCUGUGAUGGUCUUGAUGCAGGGAGACACGAAAGGAUAGGGUGUGGGUGGAGGAGGGGGAGGCUAAUUUUGCUUUGGACACUGACGGAUGAAUGUCCUGUGCUUUGUGCUGAGUGUGUAUAAGUCUGCCUCAUCUCCCAAGUUCUGCUCUCACUGCAGCUUUAGUUGUUGUGAUAUAUGCGAAUAAGUGAUUUUCUCACACAGCCCGAGAUGUUUUGACCUGCGAAUAAAGGGAUUUAAAGCUA